AUGUCCUCCAUGCAACAGCGAAAGGCCGAGCUUCUCGCCAAAAGAGCCAAACUUGCGGAGCUGAAGCGGCAAAGGGAAUUGCGGCAACAGGAAUUCAACCAAAACCGAGCCAACACCGGCGAUGCUUCCGAGAUUGUAUCGCCUGUUCCAAGCCGUUCCGACAGCAGAGCUGAACUCGAUGAUUUGAUCUCCCGUCUCGUUGACCGCCCCGGAUCUGCUUCUAUCAGCCAUGCAGAUGGUCCAUCGCGCAAAGGCAGCAGACCGAAUUCGGUCCUCAGCGCCAGCCAGUUGAGCGGCGAUAACACUGAAUCGAUUGCCCCGUCCACGCGACCACAGUCCAUGUCAAUUGCUGUCCAGACUGUAGUAGCAGACCCUAUUGCAGCUGUCCCCGAACCACAGCAAGCCCCUGAGCCCAAACCAGAAAUAGUGACCUACAGCAAAGGUGUACAAACAGAUGAUUUAAAGCAGCACCGACCAGACUCUCCGGAUGGGUCUCAGGAGUCAGAAGAUGAGGAUGGUACGCGGGGCAAGCGACUGAGCAAAAGAGACCGUGAGCGCGACGAGGAGAUUCGGAAGAAGCUUCGCCAGGAGAUUGAGGAGGAAGUACAGGCCACCCAAAGACAGGCUGAGGAUACUUCAGCGGCGCAGUCUGCACAAUUACGUUACCCCCUACGUACGCUAGAUGACGACGAGCUGAAGGCCGUGACAUCAUCCGAUGAUUUCUUGGACUUUGUCGAACGGUCAGCCAAGGUGAUUGAGCGCGCAUUGGACGAGGAGUAUGAUGUCUUAGCAGACUACGAGCUUGGGGGCGUUGAUGGUGAUUUGGAAGAAGACGAGGAACAUGGAAAGAAGAGGAGAGGCAUUAAAGAAGUUUGUCAGUUCUGGGACGAGCGAUGGAGCAAGAAACGCAUGAUCAGUGAUCUUAGCUUUUCGCCCAAGUUUCCGGAGCUUGUCUUGGCUUCUUAUACCAAAAAUCCCUCUGCCCCCCAUGAACCGGACGGCCUUGUUCAGGUCUGGAACCAACAUCUGCAAUCUCGCCCCGAGUACGUCUUCCACUCGACGUCGGAUAUUCUAACAGCAAAAUUCUCCCCUUUUCACCCCAACCUCAUCGUCGGUGGAUCCUAUUCCGGACAGGUCCUGCUGUGGGACACUCGUUCGUCGCGCGCCGGUGGAGGUGCGCCUGUACAGAAGACGCCACUGACCGGUUCUGGCCACACACAUCCUGUUUACAACAUAUCUAUUAUAGGAACACAAAACGCCCAUAAUAUUUUAACAGUGUCUACAGAUGGUGUUGUUUGCGGCUGGACCGUCGAUAUGCUUUCCCAGCCCCAGGAGUACCUGGAAUUGACUACUCCCCCACCGUCUAAAACGGAAGAUCUCGCACCAACUACCAUGUCAUUUCCACAAUCAGAUCCAACAUUCUUCAUCGUCGGUACUGAAGAAGGCGGAAUAUACCCCUGUCACCGAUAUGAUAGAGCAGGUGCCAAGGCUGGCACAGACCAUCGCCUUGCAUAUCGCGGCCAUGCAGCGCCGAUCAUGUCAACAGCAUUCCACCCAGCACGAGGGCCUGUCGACCUUGGCGACCUGAUGCUGAGUUCUAGUUUGGAUUGGAGUGUAAAGCUUUGGCGCGUACGACCUCCAGCCACAACCGCAUCUGCAACUUCUGUGACCGCGGCGACGCAAGUUGUGUCUCCAAUUUUGGAUAUCAAUCGCGAGGACGUUGUGUAUGACGCACGGUGGUCUCCUCAUCGCCCUGGAGUAUUCUCCCUCGUCGAUGGUGCUGGUAACCUCGAAGUUUGGGACCUUUACAUGGACACCGAGGUACCCGUCGUGCGGACCACACCAUCCAAGGGUCGCGGUGGCAUUUUGACGCGAAGCCUGAACAAGGUUGCCUGGGAGGAGCGUGAGGGUAAACGGAUUGCAACUGGUGGACUCGAUGGUGUAGUGACCGUCUUUGAAGUAGGAAAGGGUCUCAGCGGUACACCUGAGGAUGUUCCUGCUGAGGAAUGGGCAGGAAUGAAGCGAUUGAUCGGGAAGUUGGAGCAGAAGGAUAGGGUGGGUUGA